GCGCGAGAGAGAGCGCAUCUGGUGUGAGCAGCAAAGGGCGUCAGUGGACGAGAAUUCCUCGAAGAUCGCGCGACUUCUCGGCUCUGAAGGCGUGGUAGAUACCAAGCUGGGGGCCUAUGGCGUCGCCGGCGUACAACCCCAGCUCCGUGUUUGAAGCGAUACUUCUCUACGUGACAGAAGCCCCUACUUAUCACGUGGUGAUUGAGGUAGUGCUGGGCCUAUGGAUCUUCUAUCUACUCGUCUUCUCGAAGCAGUACCGGCCCAAGUCCAAACACGACAAGCUCACCGAACAGGUGUGCCCUUCAAUACUCGGCCACGUGAUGAUGCAAUGAUGACGUCAUUGAUUAUUCUCUGUCAGGAAGAGGACGAGUUGAUAGCCGAGUGGCAACCAGAGCCGCUGGUACCUGCCGAUUACCCUAACGACCGAGAGAUUGAUCCAGCCCCUGUCGUCUCAAGUUCACUUGGGGCUCAUGUAGUGGUUAAUGGGAGGGACUGCCUCAAUCUGGCGACGUUCAAUUUCCUGGGAUUCAUCGGGAACGCGGAGGUGAAGGAGGCAGCUGCAAACACCAUAAAGAAGUAUGGAGUCGGGUCCUGUGGACCUAGGGGGCUUCUAUGGGACUGUAGAUAUCCAUCUGGAGUUGGAGGAGCGACUUGCAAAGUUCACAGGUCGCGAAGAAGCCAUAAUCUACUCUUACGGGUUUGCCACAAUCUCGUCUGCCAUUCCUGCCUACUCUAAGAGAAGAGAUAUCAUCUUUUGUGACGAGGGGGUGUGUUUUGCGGUUCAGAAGGGCCUCGCGGCGUCUCGCAGUAAGAUCAAGUACUUCAGACACAACGACAUGGACCACCUGGAGCAACUGCUGGAAGAACAGCUGAAACUAGACAAAAAGAACCCCGCAAAAGAAAAAGUCACCCGAAAGUUCAUAGUCGCCGAAGCGCUCUACAUGAACCACGGCGACCUUUGCCCGCUGCCGAAGCUGGUGGAAUUUCGCAACAGGUAUCGGACGCCAAUCUUCCUGGAGGAGAGCCUGAGUUUUGGCGUGCUGGGGGAACACGGUCGCGGGGCAACUGAACACUGGGGGCUAAAGCCAGGUGAUGUAGACCUGAUAUGUGCGUCACUGGAGACGGCAAUGGGCAGCACGGGAGGGUUCUGUGCCGGCAAGUCCUACGUCGUGGACCAUCAGCGGCUCUCCGGCAUCGGCUACUGUUUCUCUGCCUCCAUGCCUCCCAUGCUGGCCGCUGCCUCUAUAAAGGGUCUGGAUAUCAUGGAGGGAUCCCCACAGAUCUUCUCCCAGCUCAGAGACAAGGCUGUGGCCAUGAGACGCCUCCUUCGUGGGACCCCAGGUCUUCGGGUGUGCGGCGAGUCUGUCAAUCCCGUCAUUCACCUCCAGCUGGCCUGCCCCUCGUCGUCACGGGAUACCGACGACGAGCUCCUGGAACGUGUCGCCAGGGAGUGCAUCGACAGCGGAGUGGCUGUGGUGGUUGCCAAGUACCUCAAGGAAGAGUUGAAACUACCACCGGCCAGUCUGAGAGUGACAGUGUGUGUGGAGCUCUCCGAGGACGAGUUGGAAAAGGCGGCAAAAGUCAUCAAAACAGCUGCCGCAAAACACAUUCUAUGACAUCACAGGGAAACCCCCCUCUAGCAUGACUCCAGCCACCACUCAUUGUAGAACAUUUUAAAUUAACAGUUUUUUUUGACAUCGAUCAUAAUGUAGUUCUUUUUCACAUUUAGAAGACAAUGGUGGUGUGUGCGUUAGGUCAAAGGUUAGCAGCUCCUAGGAGCCAGUCCAUUCCGGCCUGCAGGGAUUGGUACUGCUUCGGGACUAGGGACCUCACCUGCAGACAUGAGUAUAGAUCGGAUGGGGGAGUAUAUACAGGAGAAGCUAUAGUGCACACCAUAGUUUAGUGGAGGGUGCAGGCGUGUAACUUACCUGCCACGGUUGAUGCAAGUCACAGAGCUGUAGUCCAUUAGCAACCUCCAUGACCGACUGACACACUGCCGAAUUGUCGUCGUUUGAGGUUUCAUUUGGUUGGCAUGACAACACGAGGAGGGGUGUGGUCUGGAGGGUGUUGGCAGAGAGCACUGACUGUAGCAUCAGGCAGUCCACGUUUCACUGUGUCUUCAUUGAAGUGACCAGCAUCCACAACAAGUAUGGCUGCAU